AUGAAGGCCUCUCAUAUUCUGGUGCUCACCGCUCCCCUACUUGCUUUGGCAGCACCUACGCCUUCCAACAGCCAACUUUCCAAGAAGGCCGAGGCCGAGAGCUUCGUCCUCCAAACCGAUGUCGGCUGGUUCGACGGAGGCGACAGGAAACGUGCGAUUUCUGAGGAUUCCUCCGCCAAAAAGCGUGCUCCAGCUGACGCUGGCACUGACGCUGGCACUGACGCUGACACUGACGCUGAAAGCUUCUUCCUUCAAACAGAUGUUGGGUGGUUUGAUGGCGGUGACAAGAAGAGGGCAACAGGUGGUGCCGGAUCGAAGGAGUAG